AUGGCCAACCCAGAUCCCGUAGACCCUGCGGCGGUCCCUCUUGGAACGGGCCCGCCCACAAAGGCGGAGCUCGUCGCGCACUACCCCGCUAAAUUCACCUGGCGCCAGCUCAAGGCCUUCGUCAACUCCGGCGACCUCGGCCUCUUGAAACGCGACAAGCAGCUCCAGCAGCGCUACGACCAGUGGUCCGUCGGCAUCAAGCAAGAGUACGGGUCGAUGGUGAAUUACCUUCUCCAGAAGCGCCUGCGCUGGGGCGAGCCCGACACCCAGGCCGCCAUCCGCUCCGUGCUCGACGACGACCCGGACGCCUACCGCGGCGGCCGACCCGACGUCGCCGCCGCCCCCGUCACCCCGCUCGUCACGCAGGACGUGGUCACCCUGCCAGCAGAAGAGAACCUGCCGGAGCCGCCGCUCGCGUUCCAACACGAGUACUUUACGGCCGACACGCCCUCGGAGCUGCUCAGCGUCAUCCAGAACGACUGGCCUUACUCAGUCCCGCCCGAGGUCGAGCACACGCUUAUCUGGACCAAACUCCCGAUCGUGCACGACGCGCUCGUCCCCGCCUCGAUCCGCGCGCGCAUUCAUCAAGACGGCCUCUGGGGCUUCACCGGCACGCCGCCCGACGACCCGCCUCCGUCGCCCUCGCACGUCACAGACGCCCUCCCCGCGCUCGCCGAGUGGGGCGUCACGCCCGACAAACUCGUCCGCUCACCUCGCGGGACGGACGAGGAGGAGGCGCUCGUGCGCCGCGCGGGAAGGGAGGUGCAAGAGUUUGUGAAGAGGCGGUGGGACGAGCGCGUGUGGGAGACGGCGUGGUUCGUGAAUCCGCAGCGGCUGCAGAGCAUUCCCGGUUUGGCGCAUAUCCACGUCUUCGCCAGACGCAAGGACAUUUAGAAUCGCUAGACCAGGUUGCUAAAUACGAAGGAAAACGGACGUUUUAGAUUACGAAUGUCUGGAUGGACACUCGGUACCUACAUGACACACCCGCAUGCGAGUUAAACGAUCUCAGGAAUGCAUCAC